AGCUCUUCAAAAGCUACACACACUUACUCAUCUUCUUUAAUGUUUUUUAUUAUUUACUUAUUCAGAUUAUUGCAUUGCUUUCCUCUCCAUGGCCACCUUAAGCCUCAUACUUGGGAUAAUUGGAAAUGUGAUUUCCAUACUCAUGUUUGCCGCUCCACUGAAGACAUUCAAGCAAGUGGUGAAGAAGAAGUCGACGGAGAAUUUCAAAGGUCUGCCGUACAUAACGACGCUGCUGAGCACCAGUCUCUGGACGUUCUACGGCAUAAUCAAGCCCGGCGGACUCCUCGUCGCCACCGUCAACGGCGCCGGAGCGGUUAUACACAUCGUCUACGUCGCUAUUUUCCUCGCCUACGCCCCCAAAUCAGUUAGGGUUUCGUCAAUCAAAUUGGUCGCCGCGCUCGACGUCGCCUUCUUCGGCGCCGUAGUGGCCGUAACAAUGGCCGCCUUCCGGCCGGCCAUCCGCCUCACCGUCGUCGGCCUCAUCUGCACCGGAUUAACCAUCGGAAUGUACGCCGCCCCUCUCUCCGCCAUGAGGAUAGUGAUAAGGACGAAAAGCGUGAAGUACAUGCCAUUUCUGCUGUCAUUUUUCCAGUUUUUGAAUGGCGGCAUUUGGGCUGCUUAUGCUGUGCUUGUUGCCGAUUACUUCAUUGGAGUACCUAAUGGCGUUGGAUUCUUAUUGGGCUCUGUCCAACUGAUCUUGUACAUGAUCUAUCGAAAAAAGCCGGGUUCCGAAGAGCAACUACAAGACGACGGGUCGGCCCAUCUCUACGGCGGGGCUAUUCAAAUGCACGGCGAAGAGAUGAUUGUGAAAAAUCGAAGCCUUAGCAAAGGGAAUAGCCUCCCGAAGCCAUCCGUUGUGCGAGAAUAUAGCGACACUCUCGUUAAAGCCCGCUCGUUGAGCCCGUUUGAGUUGGAAAAUUUUGGAAUUAAUGAUAUCGAAAGAGGUCUCGAAUAAAGAAAGCCCGGCAAAGGUUUUGGGCCUCCACUUUGUUAUUUAUAGGCCCAAUUUCCUUUGAAAGGGAAACUUUGUUAGUUAAGAAAAAUGAUAAUAAUAAAGGUAAAUUAUACGGCACCUCACUGUGUUUUAGUAAAAAUGUAUAAAACACUUUGUAUUGUAUUUAU